AUGACCAGUGUUUUUUCGAAGUUUGCCCCGACGACCCACGGCCGGUCGUUCUACCAAGAGCUACGACGCCGCGGCGAUGAUGUCGAAGACCAAGCCGGACUCUUAGACGAAGAAAACCUAAGUCAUGAUUUUCACGAAUAUGACUUGGAACAUGCCGAAGGUCUAGGGGUAGAAGAGAGCCGCACUAUCUCGGGUGGUGCGGUUGGCCCUACGUCUAGGAGUCGCAGCGGCCAGGAUCGAGAGCACCGGCAUCCGCGCGCAUCUCAGGAGGAAGAUGAAGACAACGAUGUGCCAGCCUCGCUCUUAGUAGAAGCCCACGAAGUAGAUAUGGAGCCCUUGCCAGGGCAGCAGAAGAAAAUGGCCGGAAGGCAAUCCGGCGCUAUCCCCGGACCGUCGCACGCUGGCGCACAGUGGGAAACCGCCCAGAAUCAACAAAGGUUGCAUGAUGAUGGAGCGUUUGGACCGUCUCGGCCCGCUAGUGGCGGUGUUGGGGGCUUGCCGAGCUCUCUGUUCACCGGGAUGGUAUCGGGUAACGCCAAAAAGAAGGCUGAAUGGAGGUGGGCUAACGUCUCAAAUCUCGACAACUUCAUCAAGGACGUCUAUGACUACUACCUGGGAAACGGAAUGGGCUGCAUAUUGGUAGAACGGGCCCUGCAUCUCGUCAACGUUGCCUUUAUCGCCUUCUAUUUGACCUUCCUUUCCCAGUGUGUCAACUACGGCAAAUUCAAGGGCAGCAAGUCCCUUUCCGAGGUUCUCGUCCCGCAAUGCACGAAGCACAUGUCGGCUUGGUGGAAUCUCGGCCUGUGGAUGUUUGCCUUUUACUUCAUAUGGAAAUCGAUUCAAUAUCUUUUAGAUCUCAGGCGCUUACGCAACAUCCGCGAUUUUUACAUCCAUCUCCUUGACAUACCAGACGAGGACAUGCAGACCAUUACGUGGCAGGAAGUCGUCGCCCGUAUAAUGGCGCUUAGGGACCACAACCCCAAGACGGCCACCACGUUAUCCGCAGCACAGCGGCAGUGGCUCGGGAGCCAGUCGAAGGAGAGGCUUGACGCGUCGGACAUUGCGAACCGGUUGAUGAGGCGGGAAAACUAUAUGAUUGCCAUGUUCAACAAGGAUAUCCUGGACCUGAGGGUUCCCGUCCCCUUCCUACGAAACCGACAGCUCCUUACGCGAACGAUGGAGUGGCUUCUUAUGUUCAACAUUCUCGACUUUGUCUUCGACGACAGAGGCCAAGUCAACCAGGAGUUCAUCCGCUCCGAGCGUCGGGCCGAACUCAGUACCAAGCUUCGCGAGAGGUUCCGCUUCACGGGAGCCGUGGUUCUCAUCCUCUCCCCGUUUUUAGUCACCUAUCUUGUGGUCGUUUAUUUCCUAAUGUACUUCCACGAAUUCCACAAGAACCCAUCUGCUCUAGCGUCGCGUAUUUAUACGCCGAUAGCGGAGUGGAAGUUUCGCGAGUUCAAUGAGCUGCCCCAUCUCUUCCGCAAAAGACUCGGGAUGUCUUAUCCAUUUGCUAGCCACUAUUUGGACCAGUUUCCCAAAGCAAAAACCGAGAUGGUGGCCUGGACUGUGGCCUUCAUUUCCGGAUCCCUUGCAUCGGUGCUCGCCCUCGCCUCGAUUAUCGAUUCGGAGUCGUUUGUGCACUUCGAAAUCACACCAGACCGGACUGUCCUCUUCUACGGUGCCAUUCUGACGGCCAUCUGGGCCGCAGCGCGAGGCAGCACCUCGGAAGAGCAGUCCGUGUUUGACCCCGAGUUUGCCAUGCGCAACGUUAUCCAAUACACGCACCACGAGCCGGACCACUGGAAGGAUAGGCUUCAUAGCUCCGACGUCAAGACCGAGUUCUCGGCGCUUUACCAGCCCAAGGCCGUCGUCUUUGUGGAAGAGAUUCUGAGCAUCAUAGCUAUCCCUUUCAUCCUAUGGGGGAACCUCUCACACUCGAGCGACCACAUCAUCGACUUCUUCCGAGAGUUCACCAUCCACGUUGACGGGCUUGGAUACGUCUGCACUUUUGCGGAGUUUGAUUUUAAGAAGGGCAUUGGAAAAGGCAAUGAAGGUGGUGGGGCCGGAGAUAUCAGGGAUGACUACUACUCGACAAAGCACGGGAAGAUGGAGGCGUCUUACUACGGUUUCAUGGGGAAUUAUGCGAAUUUUGCCCUCAACCCCCGGACGGGCACUGCAUCAACGAUGCCACCGGGAGCACGCAAUCAAUUCCGCCCACCUCCAGCUUGGCCGAGUUUGAACUCUCCGCCACCGCCCAUGAUGGACCUUCAAGCAUCCAACCUAGGUCGUGAACGAGGAAUGCGGGGCAUGUCAACAAAAGAUUCCCGGUCUGGGCCGGCCAUAUCCCAAUCAUCGCCCAUGGCAUCUAUUCUACUCGAUCCACACCAUCAUCCACCAAACACUAGUCACACGAACAGAAGUAUACACACCCCCCGCCGACCACGCAGCAGCCGCCAGGGUGUCAUUGAGGAGGCGUUAGAAAAUAGCGACGAGGCCAGCAACGUAGGAGGAUGGCGGCCCGGAGACGAAGAAGCAUACGAAAGUGGCGGAGCUCUUGAGGAGUCGGCAUGGCAGACAUCGCCAGCUAGGACACUCAGCAGAGAAAACAGUGCGGCAGAUGCCCGACGACCACCAGAUGCCGGUGUGGUCCAUAUGAUCCGCCAGUUCAACCAGGCACAAUUAAAUCGGCGACCAGGCGGGGUGCGAUAA